AAUUCCAAGACUAUAGCUGAGGCGAUAUGUCUGAACUCAACUACUCGGGCAGCAACGGAGGGCGCGGCGCCAAGGGAAAGGCCGCGGUGGACUAUGCCGGUCAGCAGGCGCCCUACCAGCGCAACCGUCGCGACGCCGAGCAGUGGGCGCGUGCGGCCGCCGACAACGUCGUCAUGGCUCGCAAGCUGGCCGAUAUAGGUCGCGAGCCGCCCGCGGGCUUCCAUGCGCCGGGGGGCUACAAGUCGGUGGCGGGGGGGCAGCAGGCGCGGCAGCAGCGGGGAGGCAAGCCCCAGAGCGCCAUGCCGGAGACCCUCCACUACGUGCCGCCCACACCUUGGCCGCCUACCGAGCCGGCACACGAGCCCGCCCGGCGCUCCAAGGCCCAGCGGGAGGUGGCGCAGGCGAAUGGCAAGGUCGCUAGCAAGCUGCGAGACAUCUACAAACACACACCCGACUCCUUCCUCGAAAGGAGUAAUUUGGGUCGCGGCUUUGACUGCAACGACCGCUGGGCGCUCCGUACGGCGCUGUACGAGGCGGGACAGGCAGGUACGGCAGGCAGCGGCGGCCCGGCGGCGGGCGCGGCGCGCGCGCCGGCGGCGGUGGUGGGCGGCGACGGCGCGGCGGCGGCGCGGUCGGCAUGGGGCUCGGCGGCGGGCGGCCACACCCUUGACAUGGAGCAGGCCUCGGUGCCCAAGUCCCUGGGUGUGGCCUCCUGCGGCGGCUGCGGCGCCAAGUGCUUCUAUGCGGCGGACGGGCCGCGGCUGUUCAGGUGCAGGGCGUGCAAGGCGGCGUGGUACUGCUCUGAGGCGUGCGCCAAACUGGACUACACCUCACACAAGGCCGCGUGCAAGUACGUGACCACGGGCCACUGGGCCCCGGGCGGCAUGCGGCCGGCGGAGGAGUGCUGGGUCAACAACGCAGCAAUGGCGGUGGUGCGGCGGGAGCUGCAGCUCCGCAGGGCUGUAGCAGGAGGCGGAGGCGGCAGUAGCGCCCCCGGCACGCCACGGUCCGGGGCAGUAGCAGCAGCAGCAGCAGGAGGAGGGGGAGGGGGCUCGGGCCGGGGUUCUCCGGCUGUUAUGGGUGCAGGCGCGGGCGGCGGCGGCGGAAGCGGCGGCGCGCGGGGGCAGGUGCGGCCUGCCAGUGCCGGCGGCCGAUCUGGGUCGGGCCCAGCGGCGGCGGCGGCGGCGUCAGGCUUCAGCCCCACCAAGCGUAUGUCGCUGGUGGGCGUGGCGACUGGCGUGCCCGAGAUGGAUGACCAGGCUCUGGGCGGCGAGGUGGAGGUGCUGUUUGAGCUGCAGGCCAAGUACGGCGCCCUGCGGCGGCGCGAACUGGCGGCGGAGGCGGAACUGGCUGACGUGGAGCGGCGGGCGGAGCAGGGGCUGGACGGGCCGCGGCCCUGCAUGUUCACCAUGCAGCGCUUCGCGGGGGAGGGCAAGAAGAAGGGCGGGGGAGGGGGGGCGGGAGGAGGGGGAGGAGGGGGAGGGGGCGGCACGCCACGGCGGCCGGCGUCUGCGGGUCGGACGUACAAGGCGGAUGCGCGGCCGGUGUGGAAGGACACGGCCAGCUUCUUGUAGGGGGGUUUACAGUCAUGCUUAGCUACGAAGUGAAGUUGUCGCCAUUGGUACAGCGGGGGGGGAGAGGGAAGGGGGAGCAGAACUGCAGAAGGGAGGAGAGGUGAGGUGAGGAGAGGAGAGUGUAUCAAGUGGAAGAGGCGGCUUGCCAUGCGGUGGUGCAAGAGUGAGCGCAUCGUGAGCAUUCAUGGAAAUGGGUGUAUAUCAAGGCAUUGUAUGAGCUUAAGUACGGAGAGGACAAGUGGUAACCCCCCCCCACACACACACACGGAUGGCGAAGUGCGUGGUGGUGGGCUGGUGGCGUUGUGCGGAUGUGCCAUAUGGCUGCUGCACGGGGUGUGGCUGCACGGUGUGCGUUGCUUGGCAGCUCCCCGUUUGUUUGCUGUGGCGGCUUGUGACCUGGCGUGCACCCGGUGUGUGGAAGUCUGGGACGAGAAGACUGGCAUUUGCCCUAACGCUGCUUUGCGCACACCCACCAUCCAAGUGAAUCCAUGACACGUGACCCCACGGUGUGAUCCCCAAACAAUCGUGAACCGGUGGCUGGUGUGCGGUGACUUGUACUUUGCGACCGAAGUGUGACUUCUGACUUCUGAGGGACCGGCAGUACGGCAGUGUUGUACAAGGGGUUGUACAAUGGCUGUGUUGUACAGGGGUGCGGUGACCAUCUGCUGGAGCUUGGACCUUGUUGGACAUUGCGGAGCGGCAUGAGGGAAAAGCACUGACCCGUUGGGCGGGUCCAUAACUCCCCGUCGUUAGGCUUGGGUAUAUGAAUGCUGAUCGCACAGAUUCACACCCGUCAACAGACCCCAGGUGUCGGUUGCAGGCUCUCAGGUUUUGGGUGGGCGAGGGCCGUGGGCGGGAUUGCGCCGCCUGACGCCAAAAGCUCCUGGAAUGCAGACAGGGGCACGGGAGGCGGCGCAGGAACGGGGCAGCGGCAGGGCGGGGCGGCGAAGGCCGCGGGGGCGUCCUUUUGGCGUGAGAGACAACUUUGAAUGCAGUUGUGUAAGGCACCACCGCG